GCAUCAUUCUCAUCAUUAUAAUCACUCACUCCUCGCCGUAGCAAUAGCCUUAGAAGAAGCGGCCGUAGUUUUAAGCUCAAACAAUGGCCAAGCGCACUAGUUACACCGCCGCAGCACCACUGCUGCUGCUGCUGCUGCUGCUGAUACAGCUGGCGGCAGUGGUGCGCGAAGCCGCCGCUGCGGGUUCCGGGGUGUCGUGCAGUGACGCUGUGAACAAGCUGAUCCCGUGCGGGUCGUUCCUGGUCGGCACGGGGCCCGCGAAGCCGAGCGCACGGUGCUGCCAGAGCGCACAGGGGCUGCAGCAGAUGGCGACCACCGUGGCGAAGCGCCGCGCGCUUUGCAAGUGCCUGGUGCAGUCUGGGCAGUCCUUUGGGGUCCGGCCCGAGCGGGCAAAGCUGCUGCCGUCAGCCUGCAAUCUCCAACUCAACAUACCCGUCAGCCCUAACGUCGACUGCAACCAGAUAUCCUGAAUGUUUGUGCAAGGUGACGCUUCGGAUCAGGGCGAUUAAUAAAGCAAGGAAAUAAGGAGUCAUGGAUCAUGACUUGUAAUCCAGUGUCAAUUAUAUAUUAAUGUAUUUGAGAUAUAAUUAGCGAUGGGCUUGCUUUUAUAGCAUGACAUCGUCUUCUAUAUAUCUAUAGUCUCUCUACUUUACCUUUCGUUGGACUGUUUUAACAAAAUUAGGGAAUUUUAUGAAAGUUCCUUCUAUCCAUUUUUUUUAAUUAUUUUUAUUUUUA